AUGCUUACUUCAACUCAGCCUCCUUCUCAAAUUCUGGGGAGCCCUCCACGGAUCUCACUCACUGGAGCCCCUUCGCCUCGAUUUGAUCGUCGUGCGUCCCAUGGUGCUGCACCUGUCAAAUUGCCUGUCAAGCAAAGAGUUCCCCUGAAAUCAUGGGAUAGUCAUAUGCAUGUCGUGGAACCAGAGCGGUUUCCCAUCUCGAAAACUGCUGUAUACCAGCCAUCUAUCCAUACCCUAGAAGAUGCCUUGAACUUCGAGUCGACUAUUGGAGUUGAGAACCUUGUCUUUGUGCAGCCCUCUAUCUACGGCACUGACAACUCAUGCAUGCUGGCUGCUCUGGCCAAACUAGGCCCCUCUCGAGGUCGUGCUGUCGUGGUUGUUGACCCUGACACCAUUACCCAGGAGACCCUAGACGAAUGGCACACCCUUGGCGUCCGGGGUUUACGAGUUAACCUACAGUCAGUUGGCAAGAUCAUGGAACAAAGCGAGUUGGAAGCAACAUUACGACACCAUGCCGAUAUUGCCCGUCCCCGUAACUGGAUGAUCGAGGUAUACGUGCCUCUCAAGAUGAUCCCCAUGCUCGAAUCCAUCGUCCCUCGUCUUGGUGUUACUUUCUGCAUCGACCACUUCGGCAGCCCCGAACUUUCUCCAAUACCCUUGUGCAAGGACGAAUCUCCCUUUGACCCCUACGCACUUCCCGGCUUCAGCUCAUUGAUCUCCCUGAUCCGUACUGGGAGCACCUACAUCAAGGUGUCCGCCCCCUACCGCUUGACCAAGGAUGCCGGGAUGCGUGACCUGAAGGCCAUGGCCCGGGAAUUCCUGUCUGCCGCCCCCGACCGAGUGAUCUACGCUACCGACUGGCCGCAUACUCGUUUCACUGGUGUUGACAUUAGCCCAUUUACGGAAUGGUGCUUGGACCUCUGCAUCCACGAACCCGGACUGGCAGAGAAGCUAUUUCGGAGGAACACAGAGCGAAUGCUGGGAGUGGAAUCUACUUAA